GGAGCGUUAACUUAAUAAUCCAAUACAUCUACAGAGCGUUGUGACAUUCUUUCUCAAUGAAUGGGAUAGUGUAUAGUUUAAACUAUGUAUACAAAAUACAACUAACGGACGAAAAGACAUACCCGUUUAUUGAAUAACAUGGCUGAAAACGAAAACCCAGAACUUCAAGAAGAAGAAGAAGAAGAAGUGCCGAAAGUAACGGAAAUAAAAUGGAGUGAAGAUUUCAUGGACUUUCAUUCAUUUGAGAAUAGUUCUGGACUUCCACAGGUUGUUCGCUACGAAGGACUGUCACGUGGAGCGGGUGUGGGAUCUACACUUCCACCCGGUUUAAGAAUUUACUCCGAACAACCCGUGUUGUUCUUUACUCGAACAUGUAAAAGGCAUGUAAAGGCACGGACAAUAUACCACGACAAAGAGGGACCGUAUUUUGAGGUGGGACAGACGCUUGAUAUCCCAGACGAUUUUGAUGGAUGGUUUGAAAUAGUACCACCAGAUUUUGGCCGAGGGCCGGUAUUUCGAACAAUUGGCCAGCUUGCAGAAGUCGGACCACGGAAAUUCUUCACACGCACUCACAUCCGAGCGAUUCGUGUUGAAGAAGAGCCUAGUGAAAGUGCAAACGAGAAAGAAGAAACUCAAGAUAAAGGUGAAGGUCAAAGUUUCAAAGAAAGAAAAAUACCUGCUGGAACAAUUUUGACUGUUAGUGGAACAUUUGCCGCCAAAUGGCAGACGACAGCACAGACUGGUUUAUUGAAAAGAAAAAGUAAGGAAUGGACUACGGUUGAAAUUCAGUAUCUAAAAUGCGUGGAUACUGAUGGUAAAGAAGUGCUGGUUCCAAUGUCAACACGCGGAAAAUUCAAUAUUAUUUAUGAAAAAGGGGUAAAAGAUGGUCGCGCUAUUUAUAGAAUGAAAGACAUUUUGACAGAUCUUCACCUGCCGCUUAAAGUUCGAAUGAUCUACGGUAAAGCACCAGUGGUUCCCUGCAUUUUUACUGGUAUGUUGAUUCUAAAGGAACAAGUCAAAGAAGAUACGAUUAUAGCCAGUACGAUUUUAAAUAAAAGAAAUGUAUUAUUUGAACUUCCGUUUAGCACUCCGUGUAAUAUCAAAACGGCCGUUGACCAGGAAGAUUUCGAAAACAUGCGGACUUAUAUAGACGCAAACAAUUUGUGCAAAAAGUAUGCCAAUUCUUACGGAAGCCUGAUAAAACUGUCACCGGAACUAGACACCGACCAACAAAUGAUUCAGCAUAUUCCAACGGAAAAGAGGAAAACACGUGACGAGAGUUUGAAGACGCUUGAUUUAAUAACAAACAUCAGUUUGACUGAUGAUGAACCGCGAGACUACUUUAUGGAGUCGUCUGAUUCAGACUCUAUCCAAAGUGGUGAGACCGCGCCGCUAGGUCUCGGACAGAUGAUGGAAUUGCGAGAAAUCGUUCUUCCGCGGAAUAAUCAGUCAAUAAGUAGUGCUUAAGAAAAUACAUCCUUUGAAAUUUGAUUGUGUAAAGUAAAAGUUUGUUGGCAUAAAAUAGGUCAUUGCUGUGAAUCAUAUAUCAAGCGCAAGAAACAUUUGAAAUUGUGUAAUUAUAACAGAAGAUGAAAACUUACUUGUAAAGUGCGAAGGACAGUCAUUCAUAACCAUUGUUUGAAAAUUAUCAGUAACCUCCCUUAAUACACCAUUCAUAUAAAAUACGUGCAAGAAUAAAAUAAGAGCAUAAACUAUAUAAUUUGUCAUUUUGCCAAAAAAAGUUAUGAAUGUAUUUCAUUGAUUGUAUGAGUUGAAGUCGAAACUCGAGAGCAUUUCACUGCUGUGCUGUUUACUUAAAAUUUUGUAUGGCUUAAUAUGCUAUUUUUGAAUAAUUGAAACGAAUGUUUUAUUAUGCCUUCAUAUAAGCUUAUUUUAAUUAAAGAAAUAUUAGAUGAUUAAA